AUGUCAAGAAGUUGUUUGACUGGGUGGACAAUGAUAGACGAAAUGUGUCUUCUUCAGAGCACUAGGUGUUUGGAUUAUGAUAGAGCAGCUGACUUUUGUGAAGAUAACGGUGGUAAGCUACCGUCAGUACUCAGCAAAAGAGAGAACGAUAUAAUGUUUCAUUUUUCGAAGCAUGGCUUUUGGACUGGUUAUGAAAAGAUUAAUGGAAGUUGGCAGUGGUUAGAUGGAAAUAAAUCCAAUUUCACUUUUUGGGGAGUUGGACAUCCGCGCAACAAUCGGGCACAUGUCAUGGUAAAUGAAACUGGUGAAUGGAUAUCAGUAGAUAACGGAAAAUGUGCAUAUGCUGUAUGCACUAAUAGAGGAAUAAACCCCUUUAAUGCCUCAACUGAAGCGCGUAAAGGCGAUUUAAUGCAUCAUAACAGUUCAAAAAAUCUUUUGAGCGCACAUUCUCGUUUGGAAUUCUAA